GAAGUCACAUUCCGUUCAAUACAAACAAGGUUAUGUUUUCGGCGCUUCAAAUAAUGUAUUUCAAAAUUAUAAAUUUAUAAUGAAUUGACAGUCAUUAAGAUCAUAAUCAACUGUUCACUCAUUAUCUCUUGUUUUUUUCCAAUUACUGGUUAUCAAGUGAAAUAAAAUAGAAUAUUUUUUAAUUCCAUCAAGCCAGUCACGGUAUUUACAAACAGGAUACACCUAUCACCUUCAAAACCAUGCUGAGGGCAAGACCCAAGCGCCGCUCCCUCAACAAACCUGAGGAAAAAGAUGCAGUCAGUUCAAAGAGGAAGAAAACUACCAAAGAAGACGAGAGUGAAGAAGAAUUUGAAGAAGAAGACGAAGAUGAAGAUGAGUUUUCACCAAUGGACAACACAGAUGAAGACAGCGACUACAAUCCCACUAAAGAGAAAACCAAAUCUAGUUCUAGCGAAGAUGAAGAAGAAGAGGGAGAAGAAGGAGAAUCGAAGUUUUUCAAACCAAAUUCGUCAGGAGCACGCAAGAAACCACCCUGGUACAUGGCUAAACCGGGAACGUCGACUAAUUUCAAAUCUCCCGCCAGUUUUAAAUCUCCCUCCAAUUUCAAACUGGGUACAUCGACAAAUUUCAAAUCUCCCGCGCAGAAACAGCGCACCCUAUUGGACAGCGACAGCAGUAGUGACGAAUUCGAACGAGUUCCUGAUUCGUUGGACGAUCUGGGAGGGUUCCAGAGGUUGAACAAGGAUGUCAAAUCUGAAGACAGUGACGGAGAGAUGGAAAAUGACGGGAAGGAGGUGGAGUACUUUGAUUUUUCGCAAAUUAUCCAAAACCAGGAGGUGUUGAAAGCUGCGGCGAUCAAGAAAGAGAGAGAUGGUGGAGGGUUGGGAGGUGGUAAACGUGUGAAGGUACCCAGUUCUGGUAGAAAAAAGGUGAAAAAUAGUGGGGAUGAUAACGUUGAUGUUAUGGAGUUGUUAGCUAUGGGCGAGGGUGUGGAAUUUGGGGGGAUGAAGAAGAACAACCAGUCAUCAUCUGAUGAUGAAGAUGAGUAUGAGGAAACAAAUCGAGUGGAGAGAAAUUCGAAAGGGGUGGAAGUAACAAUCGCGUUCCCUUCACAGAAGAAAAAGGAGAAAAAAUCGUGUGACGUAGAGGCAGCCCUGAAAAGAAGGUUCAACCUUGUCAAAAAAGAGAACCAAGUUUUCGCACAUAAGGUACACCUUCUAUGUUGGAUAGCUCAUGGGAACUACUUAAACUCUGUUCUAAAUUGUGAGGAUUUGAUGGGGGUUGCCCUAUCUAUCAUCCCUUCCAACUACUGUUACCCUCCUAAAAGGUGUGACUUAACCUACCUCGAGAAUUUCGUGAAAUGGUUCAGGGAGAAGGUAAAGAUUGACCCAGUUCUGGGGAAAGACAAGUUGAGACCUGACAAAAUCGUGACAAGUCAGAGCUUACAGGUGCAGUUCAAUAAAAAGAUGGCGGAUUCGAGGCUCGAUCAGCUGAUGCUUUUCAUUGCUACACUUCGUGCGUUAGGCUUGAUGGUGAGGCUCGUUAUUAACCUGAGACCUGUGCCGCUGAAACCGCCGGUCAAGGAGUUGUUCACAUUUAAGAGUCCACAGGAACCGGUGAUUAGCUCGAGAGGUAGUGGUGGUGGGGGAAAAUCUAACAAGAAGGAUGCUGAUUCGAAAAGUGGCGGGGGAAAAUCUAAACAGGAAGUUGAUAAGGUGAAGAGAGAGGGAGGAGAGAAUGGAAAAUCCAAGAAAGAUGCUGAUAAAUCGAAGAAAGAGGAGGGAGAAAAUAAGGUUAAGAAAGAGGUCAAUGUUGAGAAAAAGGGAGAAAAGGACGGAAAAUCUAAGAAAGAUACUGAUAAUUUGAAGAAAAAGAAAGAAAAAGAGGGAGAGAAUAAGGUGAAGAAAGAGGUCAAAGAGGAGGAAGAAGAAAACGAGGAAGAGAAGGAGGAGGGUCUAACAAGUGGAAAGAAAAUCACAGAGAAAGACAAUAUAGGCUUGGAAAAUUUUAUAUCUAAGAAGGCAAUCAAGGGAAAGAGAGAGAAGGUUGAAGAAAUGGAGGAGGGUGAAGAAGAAGAAGAAAAGGAGGAGGGUGAAGAAGAAGAAGAAAAGGAGGGUGAAAAUAUUGUGAAGAAAAUCACAAAGAAAGACAGUGAUGCAGGCUCGCAAAAUUCAGAAUCUAGGAAGGUAACCAAGGGGAAGAAAGAGAAGGAGGUUGAAGAAAUGGAGGAGGAAGACGAAGAAGAAGAAGAUGUAAAGGAAACCACUGUGGAAAAAUUUGUGAAAAUUUGUGAAAACUCAUCAAAUGCAAAGAAAACUACAAGAAAGAGCGCUAUGAAGGUAGAAGUUAUGGAUAGUGAUGAAGAAAAUGAGAAUGAUACACCAAGUGGUGAGAAAUUUGAAAUUGAUAAUGAUAAGAAAGAAGUGUGUGAAGAUAACCUGGAGAAAGCAAAUGAAAAGGAUGAACCAAGUGUAAAGAAAGUGACAAGAAAGAGCUUGAAGAAGGAUACUAAAGGAGAGGGGAGUGAGAAGGAGAUAGCAGCUAAGAAUAUGAAGGAAAAGGAUGGAGAAUUGAAAGAGAAUGGGAGAAUUAGUAGUCCUGAAAGUAGUCCUGAAAUAAUCAGAAGGACUUCAAAGAGGAAUCAGAAUAAUAAGGAUGUAGCUAAAAAGGAAGAGAGUCUCAGAUCUGAAGUUAACAAACGUAGUUCAAAGAGGAAUGUGAAGAAAGGAGGAAAAAAUGUUGAGAUUAAGGAAAGUGAAGAUGAAAAUCUAGUGAAAGAUUUAAAUACAAAGGAAAUUGAGGAUCAAAAUCAAGUUGAAGAUUUAAAGACAAAGGAAAUUGAGGAUCAAAAUCUACUGAACGAUUUAAAUACAAAGGAAAUUGAGGAUAAAAAUGAAGUAAAAGAUUUAAAUACAAAGGAAAGUGGAGAUAAAUCUGAAGGGAAAGAUUUGAAGUCUAAGGAAAAUGAAGAUAAUCAAGAAGAUAAAUCUCAAGUCAAGGCAAACCAAGGUAGAACCCGCUCAAAAACAGCUGCAAAAUCCAAUCUAGACGAAGAUAUCGUCGAAGAAUUCGUAUGUUGCAACUCUAGACAACGGGCUAAUAUUGUGGAUAAAUCGGAAAUCUCUAGAGUUUCCCGAAGCAGUACUAAACUGGCUGGCAAAGAUAUUGUUACACCAAAACCUAAAAACUUUCCUGAUGAAGAUGUUGGAGAGAAGAUGGGUAGAGGAAGAAGUGUGUUGAAGAAAGAUGAUGAUAAUACACCGAAAAGUAAAGAGGUGCCCGAUGAAAAGAAAGAUGGAAGAAGUAGUGUGUCAAAGAAAACAGGUGAUAAAAAUGUUGGGAGAGGAUCAAGGAGUAAAUCGUUGGCUGGGAAGAAUGUGGGAGAUAAAGUGGAAGAAGUGGGGAAGGAGGAGAAAGCUACUAAAAUGGGAGGUAAAUUGAAGGAGAAAGUAGAAGAAGAGAAGGAGAAGAAAGCUACUAAAAAGGGAGAUAAAUUGAAGGAGAAAGAAGAAGAAGAGAUGGAAAAGGAGAAGAAAAUCGGUAAGAAAUCGGUGGGAGGUACAUCGAAGUAUUUCGAAAACAAAGAGGAACCGAAGAAGAAUGGACUCAAGGAGGAAGAAAGAGGUAGAGGAAAACGACAAUCCAAGAAACUGGUGGAGGAUUUGAAGGAAUCCAGCGACGAAGAUGAGGAGGAAAAGAAGAAGAAGAAGAGAAGGGUUUCAGUGGGAGGAAAGAAGAAGAAAAAUGAGAAAAAGAAUGAAAGUGAUGAAGAAUUCGAGAUGGAGUCGUCCUAUUUUAAAAGUAAGAGCAGUAAGAUAGAUCGUAGGGUUUUGUCUAGUGACGAUGAGGCGAAGAAUGAGGCGAAUAAGAAAAUGAGGAAGAAAAACGCGACAGAUGAGUGGGCUGAGGUGUUUUUGGAGGCUGAGGAGAAGUGGAUCUGUGUGGACCUCACCAAGGGCAUGAUUCACUGUGUGCAGCAGUUAUAUUCGUCAGCUAGUCAACCAGUAACCCAUGUGUUGGGCUGGGAGAACGGCCGGUUCGUCAAGGACGUGACCCGGAGGUAUGUGCCGCACUUCAUGACGGUGACUCGCAAACAGCGCGGCGGGGUGGAUGGUGAGGAGUGGUGGCGGGAAGCCCUCCGUCCGUUUGCCCCUCCCCGGAACGCGCGCAAUCGUGAGGAGGAUGAGGAUCUGGACAGACAGAUGGAGGACCAACCGCUGCCUACUUCUAUUUCUGAGUACAAGAACCACCCACUCUACGCCCUGCAACGGCACCUGUUGAAGUUCCAGGCGAUCUACCCGCCUGAUGCGCCGACCCUCGGCUUCAUUCGCAACGAGCCGGUCUACUCACGAGCGUGUGUGGCCGAGCUGCACUGUCGCGAGUCCUGGAUCAAGUUCGCCAAGGUGGUGCGAGCCGGCGAGGAGCCUUACAAGGUGGUCAAGGCCAGGCCCAAGUUUGACAAGAUGACAGGUGAAUUUAGGAGCGAUCUACCGCUGCCUCUAUUUGGCCCCUGGCAAGUGGACGACUAUGUACCACCACCUGCAAAAGACGGCAAGGUGCCUCGUAACGAGUAUGGCAACGUUGAACUGUUUCAACCCAGCAUGCUUCCUGCCGGGACUGUACACCUCAAAUUGCCCGGUCUGAACCGAGUGGCGAGGAAGUUGCAGAUAGACUGCGCCCAGGCAGUGGUGGGGUGGGACUUCCAUGGAGGCUCCAGUCACGUGGUCAUGGAUGGGUUUGUCGUCUGCGAGGAGUUCGAAGAGACGCUCACCGAAGCUUGGCAUCAGGAACAACAAGAAGCCGAAAAACGUGCCCGGGAGAAGAUGGAGCAGAAGGUCUACGGAAAUUGGAAGAGGUUGAUUAAAGGUCUGCUCAUUCGCGAAAAACUCAAACUGAAAUAUGGCUUUGAAAUCGAGGAAGAGGUGGUAGCUGGCACCUCUGGUAAGGGUCACAAGAACAAGAAAACAGCGAAAAAGUAAAACCAAAGUAGUUAACAAAAAUAAGAAUUCCUUACAAGCAAAAACAUUGAAGACAAAAAGUGAUUAAAUGUACGGUAUAUGUAGAAGAAUAUAUUCUUAUUAGUACCAUGAAUAAAUGUACAAAAAUCUCGGAGACAUUUGUGUAGAAAUGUCGUUGGGAUAUAAAACUAGAUGUAGGUUAAGGUUGAAGAUUUUUUUCCCAAAAUAAAUUUAAAAUUAAGAUUUACAUAGAUUAAGAUAACUAGAUUAAGUGCCGGUUGCAUAAAAGCCGGUUAAAUUUUAACCGUGAUUAAUUCCACAAGAAACAAUCAGAGAAGCCGUCUUUUCAAAACUGCCUUCUCUGAUUGGUUCUCGUAAAGUUGAUCACGGUUAAAAUUUAACCGGCUUUUGUGCAACCGGGUCUAAGAUUUACAGUUGAUGAGAGCUGAUAAAUUCAUG